CUAAACAUUAUUUUCUUAAUUUCUAGUACAGAAAUGAAUUAUAAUAAGGGUUAUGCAUGAGAUGUACUGGAACAUUGUAAUUCUUAGUUCAGCUACCAGUCAACUAGAUAGCAAAUUGUUCCAUAACUUCCACGGAAGUGUGAAGUCAUUGGCUCUGUCAUCCAUAUUAUAAUUAUUGGUCCAUCUCUUUCCCUCUGCAAUGUCAACCACUGCCACAACAUCUCCCAUUGAAGCUGUUUCACUCAUCAACAGCAAUUCUGACCCUGGUGCUCCAUCUCUUCUCACCCCUACAUCUCCCAUUACAACCUCAUCCCUUAUUAGCAUCUCUUCUCAUGCCAAUGCAUCAUCACACGUCACUGACCCACCACCUGAGAUCAACUUGCCUCAAGGCACACCUCUGGGCGUUUCCACAUCUGGCUUGCAGCAGGAGCAAAAGCUGAGCAAGCGAUGUGGAACACGAGCGAAAAAACUUGUGAAGAAGUAUCUCCCAAUUUUGACCUGGGCCCCAUCCUAUUCAUUGGGACAUGCUGCUCGGGAUGCUGUAGCAGGACUUUCUGUGGGACUCCUAACUGUGCCUCAGGUCCUGGCCUACAGCAUGGUGGCUGGUCUACCACCAAAUUAUGGACUGUACUCAACUUUUGUGGGGUGCUUCUUGUAUGUCCUGUUUGGAUCAACCCCUGGUCUGCGUAUUGGUCCUACUGCCGUGAUGGCCAUUCUUGUUGAGCAAUACACCAAUCAUGGCGGCCCUGAUUAUGCUGUGCUCAUAUGUUUUACAUCUGGCAUCAUUGAGCUUCUUUCUGCCAUCUUUAAUGCAGGGUUCCUGGUGAACUUCAUUUCAUCCCCUGUGAUGAGCGGCUUUUGUUCUGCAGCAGCAAUAACGGUGAUGACGUCACAACUGAAGGCAUUACUGGGCAUUAAAUUACCAACUAAAGGUGUUGUGCACACCUGGGUUACGCUUGUCAAGAACAUAUCCCUCACCAACUGGCCAGAUUUGGUUCUUGGUGUUACCUGCAUCAUAUCAUUAGUCUUGCUCAAGAAUAUGGAGGCUCUUGUAAAGUGCUGCAUCAAGAAAUUCAGGAGAGAUAGCAUAAAAGAGGCACCAGAGAAGCAAACUACAAAGGAAGAUGCAGAAAUGGAGUCCAUUCAGGAAGACCCAGAAAAGGCAAGCAUGAAAGAGGAGCCAAAGGAAAAGAAAAAUUGUGCCAAAGGAGUUUUCUUCUUUUUCAGCCUUGGAAGAAACGCCAUCGUGGUCCUUCUUGCUACCCUUGUUGCUUUCAUUACUGGGGGAGGAGGGUUAACAGUGACGGGUUCAGUGGAACCUGGAGUGCCAUCAUUCAGCGUCCCCUCGUUCUCCCCGGUGGUGGGCAACGAUACCGUGCCGUUCCUGCAGGUGCUGGCUGACGUGGGUGUUGGUGUGAUAGUGAUACCCUUCAUCGCAAUCGUCGAUGACCUGGUCAUCAUCAGAGCAAGUUUUCCGAGCCUCAGCGUGGACACCAACCAAGAGAUCGCCGUGCUUGGCCUCAUCAACCUAUGCGGGUCCUUUUUCAGGGCGAUGCCGACGACAGCGUCACUGUCGCGCACGGCGGUGGUGAACAGCAGCGGCGGCGUCACGCCCGCGUCAGGGCUGGUGGACGGCCUCCUGGUGGUGGCUGCCCUUGCCUUCCUUACUCCUGCCUUCAGUUGGAUCCCGCGCGCCAGUUUGUCUGCCGUGACGAUGUGUGCCGUGAUCCACUUGGUAGACGUGCACUUCGCGGCGAUGCUGUGGCGGGCGCGGCACAAGAUGGACCUGCUGGUGCUCGUCGUGACGUUCCUGACGUGUCUUACGUGGGCCAUCGAGUGGGGCGUGCUGCUGGGGGCGCUGCUCCACCUCCUCGUCCUGCUUUUCGUCACAGCUCGUCCUGUGGUCGUGGUACAAGCGGAGGUGGACGAGGGGAAAGUGAGGGUAACCCCUCACCACGGGGUGCGCUUCCCCAGCAUUGGCCACAUCAGGGCGAAGGUUCAGAAAAUUUUGAGGCCCAAGCGAGGCUUGCCCUCGGCCAUCAUCCUGGACUGCAGCUACAUCACGGCCGUGGACUGUACAGCCGCUACGGGUCUGGUGGAGCUGGCAGGAGAGUGUGAGGCGGCGGGUGUGGUGCUGCAGUUCGUGAACCUGGAACCUCGGUUGGAGAAGCCGCUGCUGGCGACGGCCAGGGACAGGAACGUCGCUCUGCUGGUGGUGGCUACGGCGAGUGCAGACAUGAACAGUGGCGGUGUUCUCGAAUGCAACCAACUUGGAGAACAUUCUGUUUUACCCUUAGAACCACCCAAGACAACCGCAGGUUUGCCAAAUGCAUCUUCAGAUCUUCCAACUCUAUUAUAUAAACAAAACCCAAUACUGCCACAGCCCCGCACUUCUCUACCAGAGCCAGCCAACCAGGUUGAGAAAGCCACGCCUCUAACAACUACAACGAGCCUUCAAAACACACAGUUACGAAAAAAUACAUCAGUUGCCAGUGAAGAAAUUGGAAUGAACGUAACAGAUCCCCUCCUGUCCAGUAACUGAAAACUGGAAUGGACGACAGAAAUCCGUUUUCUCCCUCUACAACAACUGCCAAGUACUUAGUCUUCCGUCCAGCUAAUCAUUCAUCGUGCCAUUGAAAUCAUUCCCAGAAUAUUUUAUGUUAAUAUAAAUCGCCGAGUGUUAUGAGAAAUCAAUGCAAAGCGGUUCUUAUAGUUGAAUAUUUUAUUAGUCAAUAUCUUUUCAGACAAAGUGAAUCCAGUUAUUAUCGUGAUUCUAAUGACAACACAUUGAAAUCCAAUCCAAUUCAUUUGAAACCCAAUCCAGCCUUAACUAUGGAACUCACAGGAACGGUGUUGUCGUUAAGAAUUGAAAAAUUCAUGACAAGAUUAAUUGAGUUAGCCAUGCCACUAUUUCAGGGCUUAAGUUAUUAAGCGUCUAAGCUCACGGUUUUUUACUUAACUGAUUACCAUAUCAGAAAUAUGAUGACGUUGCGCAUAAAUUUUGUUACGUUUGUUUGUUUAAUAGAGGGCAAUUAUCGGUGCUGAGUAAAUAUAUAUAUUUAUAUAUUGCUAAAACAUUACAUUCAUGAGUAAUUUGGUAUAGUACGUAUAUAUUCGCUUUGCUUUUAAAAUAAACGGGGCCGGGCCUACUAAAUGCGUUAGAUAACUAUUGUUGAAUUAAGUUUUGCUAGAAAAAGCUGAUUUUCUUUUUAUUUUGAUACAGAAUAUAUAAUGUGCAAUGAAUCUCCUUU